UCAUUCUCAUAGCUAUAGGCUUAUAGCAAGCAAGAGAACUCGAUCUCCUUCCUCGCCUUCCCUUCAAUGGCUUCGUCUGUGGAUGCCCCAGUGAGAGCCGGAUACUGGUAUUGCGACAGUGAAUUCCCAAUCCCGGUGGCCAGCAUACCUUCCCAGCUUUUCACCCAUCUUUUCGCUGCCUCUGCGGAUGUCAACCCCCACACCUAUGAAGUCACCUUUCCUGAAAAAUAUAAGGAGCAGUUCUCAACCUUCACCCAAACCGUACAACACAACAACAAAAAUGUGAAAACCCUUUUAUCCAUCGAUGGAGAUUCGACGACCUUUUCUUCAAUGGCUAGGCAGCACAAUACCCGCAAAGCAUUCAUAGAUUCCUCAAUAAGUUUAGCCAAGAAGAAUAACAAAUUUCAUGGCCUUUCCCUCAACUGGCUGUACCCCUCCACAGAGAGCGACAUGACCAACCUUGGCUUUCUCCUCAAUGAAUGGCAUGCAGCCGUGAAGAAAGAGUCGGGGAGGACCGGCAAGGCCCAGUUGCUUCUAGUCGCAGCGGUCAAUUUCAGGCCAACAUAUAGGUCGUUGCGCUAUCCCGUUGAUGAUAUUUCACGGAGCUUGGACUGGAUCAACGUUUUGGCGUAUGACUUCUAUAGCCCUGAUCGGUCAUGGAAUGUUACUGGACCUUUUGCUGCAUUGAAAAAGGCAGACAACCCACAUUGUGGGGAUACCGGCGUCACAGCUUGGCUUGUUGAUGCACACGUGCCCGCCAAUAAAAUAGUCCUCGGCCUUCCAUUUUAUGGCUACGCGUGGCGUCUAGAAGAUGGUAAUAACAAAUUGUUAUUUCCGCCUGCUGAUGGACCGGCUAAUGAAGUGCAUGUAGCCGCAGAUGGGGGCCAUGGGGCCAUAUUUUAUAACCAAAUCGUGCUUUUCCGAGAGACUCACCCCAAUGGCAAAGGCGAAUACAUUGAAAACUUUGUUUUUGACUAUUUCCGUGAUGGAAAUACUUGGAUUGCUUAUAAUGGUAAGAAGAGUAUCAUUGCUAAGGUUCAAUAUGCUCGAGAGAAGCAGCUGCUUGGUUACUUUGCAUCGCACUUGGGCGCCGACGACGUCAGAGAUUGGACUCUUUCAGAAGCAGCUAAUGACGCAUGGCUGCCGCCCGCCAAGGGAUAAUGCAAAUGCAUGAUGAUCGGUAGAAGCUUCUAUUAUCGACAUUGAGGCCAAUAAUCAGCUAUGUCGUCGUGUUUAGAAGCUUGUUAUUAUAUAUCCACGUAAAUAAGGCCGAUUAUCAGGUGUGUUGUGUGGCCAAUAAUCAAACGCGCGUGUAUUUGUAACAAUAAGGCCUCUAAAAAUCAUAUAUGUCGUGCUUAGAAGCUUGUAUUAUAUAUCUACAAUAAGGUCAAUUAUCAAUUAA